AUGGCGCUGUGACCCGGCGGUACUGCGCAUGCUCCACACUACAAUGGCUCAACCUGGUGAGAAGAGGAAGCGGGAAGAUGAGGUUGAGAACGGCGAUGGCGGCGGAGAUACCGGGACCUCCGCGGGAGUAGAGCAUCCUCUCUCCGGGUUCCAGCUUCAGAGCGUUCUGAGAGAGUCAGCGAGGGACAAGACCAUCUUUCUGCACGGACAGGUGAGCAGUGAGGGGCAGAGCGCUGAAGAUGCCGUCGUCAUCCUGGAGAGGGCGCCUUUUCAGGCGGAGACCGUCCCACGCCUUCUUGGCAAUAAUCCGGAGCUAAAGCUUCAGCUGAAGAAUGACAUCUACAGCGUCUACCACAUGAGCCCGCCGCCGGAGCUGAACGAGGUGAAAGCAACAAUCAUCCGACCAGCAACUGAGAAGCACAUCAAGAAAUAUCAGCGCCAGGAGCUUUGCCUCAUCCAGGAAACGGGCGAGGAUUAUAGAAACAUCACCCUGCCCUUCAUCGAGUCCCAGAGCUUCAGCAUCCAGUGGGUCUAUAAUAUCCUGGAGAAGAAAGCGGAGGAGGAACGGAUCGUCCAUGAGAACCCGGACCCGGCAGUGGGCUUCAUCCUCUUACCUGACUUCAAAUGGAACCAGAAACCUCAGUGGGGAUCAUCUACCGCUGCUAAAGAACAUCCUGCAGGAGGGGCAGGCGGCCAUCUUAAAGAAGUAUGGCGUCCAGAGUCACCAGCUGCGGAUCUACCUUCAUUACCAGCCCUCCUAUUACCACUUGCAUGUACACUUUGUAGCUCUCGGACACGAGGCGCCAGGGAUCACGGUGGAGCGCGCGCACCUCCUGAGUGACGUCAUCCAGAAUCUAGAGCUGGACUCUCAGUACUACACCAAGCGCACCCUGACCUACGCCCUGCGCGCCGACGAACCGCUGCUCCUGAAGUUUAAAGCAGCCGGAAGAUGCUGAGACCCAGCCUGUGGAGUUUUUUUUGGAUUUUUUUUUUUAUGUUUGUUACCCUUUUUAUAGUCAUCAUUUCUUUUUUUAUUUAUUUUCUCCCCCCAAUCAGUUUUUAAACCUGUAAGUGAGCUAAUAGCUGCCGUUGUGUAUUUUCUAUACUGUCAGGGACCAUCGAUUCGCUCCCAACGUGACUGUUUUACUAAAUACUUGCAUUCCUCCUAAUAUAACCAUUUUGGAGCAAACAUUCCUAAAACAUUGUGCCAUUCAUCUGUUAUACCUCCUGGAAAUGUAUCGAUAAACUUCACAGCUGGCCAUUACUUAUUUUGGUAAAUCAGUAUUUCCCACCAGGGUGCCUCCAGCUGUUGCAAAACUACAACUUCCAGCAUGCCCGGACAGCCUUAAUCCUUCCAAUAGUUAUUUGCUUCUGAAGUUGAGUUGCUGUUUUCUGUCUAACUGCUUUCUGAUGACUCACGUCCCGGGAGCUGUGCAGUUCCUAUGGGGAUAUUCUCCCAUCAUGCACAGCUCCCGGGACGUGACAUCAUCAUUGAGCAGUUAGACAGAAAACUUCAGAAGCUAAUAACUAUUGGAAGGAUUAAGAUUUUUUUAAUAGAAGUAAUUUGCAAAUCUGUUUAACUUUCCGGAGCCAGUUGAUCUGUAAAAAAAAAAGUUUUUGCCUGGAAUACCCCUUUAACAUUAGUGUGAACGGGUCGCCGCGAGACCCGUUCACACUGCGAAAUUUUAGCGGCGGACAUUUCCGCCGCUGAAAGUGUUCCGCGCAAAGAAAGAACAUGUUCAUUCUUUGUGCGGAAUCCGCGAGCACUGCAUAGCCGUCAAUGAUGACGGCUCAGAGCCCCGCGGCCCUAGCGCCGAAGUAUUCGGCCAGGCGGAAUUCAGCGAGCGGAGAUUCCGCAGUGUGAACGAGCCCUCAGGGAUAUACCCCUUCAAGGGGAAUGGUAACACCCAGUCAUCUGUUCAUGGAUUUUCAGGAGGGAUAAUAGAAGAAAUGUAGAAUGCAAGAAUUCUCAAGGGGAAUACAAGUGUUUAGUGAACUAUAGAGGGCAGAUGAAAUCUUUGUAAUUUUUUAACUAUACCUGUCGCUUUAAAAAAAAAAAAUAAUUUAACAUUUUAUUUUAACAUGUCCUGGAGGCCUUUGUCCCCGCUUCUUGUGCUUGCCACGUAGACCAUCCCUGGGGCUUUGUUUACACGGCCGAACUUCUGCAGAAUAAAUUCCGCUCUUUUAGUUCAAAGUUCACAUUGGAGUUUGCACCCGUUUAGGGCCCUUUCACCCCUUUUUUUUUUUUUCUUGCGCGGAACGGACCCUGAAACAGGUUGAAGCGCAAAGGACACUGCCGGGUCCCUACAGACCCCAUUCGCUUGAACAACAAGGUCUGUCGGGGAUCCGGUAGAUUACCGAAGUUUAGUGCUAAACUCCCUUCCUUUUGGCGGAAUUGCCGACGGAGCUCCAUAUAACCUGAAAGAGGCCGAACGUGUCUCUCUAUAAGACGUCAAAAGUUAGUUUUUAUUUUUUUUUUUUGUUAUUGCUUUUAUAAGUGACCGAGCCCAUUUGUCUUUUGACCUUUUUUAUACAAUAAA